CUACGCGAUCUCUAGGGUCGCGCCAGGAGGGAGGAAGGAAAAAUGGGGUGGAAAGCGUUCGUGGAAGGCGGCGCCGCGUCCAUCGUCGCGGGCUCCAUGACGCAUCCACUGGAUCUCAUCAAGGUGAGAAUGCAGCUCCCAAUCGCAGCGGGAGAUUCGCCAGUGGCGGCGGCGGCGGCGGCAAGAACAGGGCCUCUGUCGGUCGGGAUUAGGGUUCUUCAAAAAGAGGGCGCCAAGGCGCUCUUCUCGGGCGUCUCGGCGGCCAUUCUCCGCCAGGGGCUCUACUCCACCACGCGGCUAGGGCUCUACGACGCGAUCAAGGAGGCGUGGCGAGAGAAGCGAUUGGAUCCCAGCAAUGCCGAUCUGGAUCUGGCAGUCCACAAGAAGUUCGCGGCCGGGCUGAUCGCAGGAGGGAUCGGCGCAGCGGUAGGGAAUCCCGCGGAUGUGGCGCUGGUGAGGAUGCAAGGCGAUGGGAGGCUCCCAGUGUGGCAGCGGCGGAGAUACCUCGGGGUCGGCGACGCCCUGGCCAGGAUCGCGCGGCAGGAAGGGGUUGGAUCGCUGUGGACGGGGUCGGGGCCGACGAUCCAGCGCGCGAUGAUCGUCACGGCGGCGCAGCUCACGACCUACGAUCAGAGCAAGGAGUUCCUGGCGGGGAGAGGGAUCUGCCGCGAGGGAUUGGCGACGCACGUCGGGGCGAGCUUGGUCGCGGGGUUUGUGGCGUCGGUGGCGUCCAAUCCCGUGGACGUGAUCAAGACGAGGAUGAUGAGCGUGGGCGCGGGGGACGCCAGGUAUAGCGGGAGCUUGGACUGCGCGAUCAAGACUGUGAGGGGAGAGGGCGCCAUGGCUCUCUACAGGGGAUUUUUGCCGACCUUGACAAGGCAGGCGCCAUUCUCGGUGGUGCUGUUCGUCACCCUGGAGCAAAUCAAGGCCAUUCUCAAGGAUUUCUAGCUCUUGGAUUUCUAGAAAUCCAAAGAUCUUUUUGUUCGUCAUGGUAUAAUCUAACGACUUAGCUGCAAUGUUUUGGA